CAGGCAAUGCGUGAUGGGGGCGGAGGCUCGUUGAAAAGAGCAAUUCUUUCUUUUGAUGUAAAGAAUAACCCCAUUCCCCAAGCACAUCCUAUUUAAUUCGGUAACCUCGGCCAAGCCAAGCCAAGAACCUACAACUUUCUCUCUUUCCUCUUCUUCUUCCUCUUCUUUGAGAUCCGGUCACUAUCAUAAGACCGGUAUCGAUUACCGCUCCGAUCUACACCCUCGCCCUCUUCCAAUCGUCCCUGCUUCGUUGAUCUGCUCUAAUUUGCCUGCUUAGAUGGCAGCGGACGAUGCCGGUUCGGCCGGAGGUGCGGAGAACCUAGCUGCGGGGGCGCCACCACCACCACCUCCUCCUUCUCCUCCCAAGAAGCAGCGGAGGGGGUUCGUGGCGCGGCUGUGGCACGGGAUCUUUGCGGGGAGGAACGAGGACUAUGAGAAACGGCUUCAGUACUUGUCCAAGGAGGAGGCUACAGUCCAUUCGCGGAUGAAGCGCCGGGCGCAAUCAUCACGGCGGAUCGUUCGCGAUCUCAUCGUCCUCUCCGUCAUCCUCGAGGUGGCAGCAGUGGCUUAUGCUAUCAUGACAACCAGAUCAGCAGAUAUGAGCUGGAAGAUGAGGGCUAUACGAGUUCUUCCUAUGUUUGUUUUACCUGGUUUAUCUUCUAUGAUUUAUUCAGCACUUGUAAGCUUCAUGAGGAUGCUUGAUCACAAGGACCAGAAGACACUUGAAAGGCUGCGAGCUGAGAGGAAAGCGAAGAUCGAUGAGCUUAAAGAGAGAACAAACUAUUACACCACACAACAACUAAUUCAGAAAUAUGACCUUGAUCCUGCUGCAAAGGCUGCAGCAGCAACAGUUCUGGCAUCUAAGUUGGGGGCUGACUCUGGUCUGAAAGUUUAUGUUGGAGAUGAACCAAAUACAAGUACAGUGGCAAAAGGCAGUGAUGCUGACCCUGUCAUAACCACUGGGCUGAGGAACAGGAAACAAUCACAUGCAAGAAGCAAUAGCACUGGGAGCACUAUUGUAUCUCAAAUGGUCAACGAAACUUCGGACGAGCUUGGGGUCGAUGACCAAGAAAUUUCCGCUCAGACUCAGAAGGUUGUUGAACACUACAAAGCCUCUGGUGCUAGUGAUGGUGGUUGGAUUGCUCGUAUAGCUGCAUUGCUUGUGGGUGAGGAUCCAUCGCAGAGCUAUGCGCUCAUAUGUGGCAACUGCCAUAUGCAUAAUGGACUGGCAAGGAAAGAAGAUUAUCCUCGCAUAUCUUACUACUGUCCUCAUUGUCAUGCUUUGAAUACAUCUCAGCAAUCAGGAGAGCCUGAUUCAGGUUCCAGUUCAGGCAGGGGCAUUUCAUAUGCUUCGGUUGAUGCCAAAUAUGAUAACAAUGCAGAAGUUCCUAAGUUGCCAACUGGUGAAAAGGAUGAUAAAGAAGAUGCCCUAGAGGUUAGUUGAUGAUUAUGGAAUUACAGAUUCUUGUUGUGCUUUCUUCUUCUUUGUUCUAUUGAUUGUGGCACUUGUGUUUGGAAUAGUAGAAGUUCUCUCUCUCUCUCUCUCUGUAACAUAAUGACACCACAUAAUUGCAUGUUUUAGUGGUUGUUUUUGUUGUCAAGUCAUCCUCAACAUAUCAAGUUUGGGAACUUAAAAAGAGCCUUUCAGCUUGUGGGAUCCUCGAGUCA